AUGGCUGCUGUGUUGGAGGCAGAUGCGAUGGUUCUGUGGGACAAGAUCAGGUUAUGGGAGUGGGAGGUGGAUUCGACCUGCGGUGUACCCGAUCUGGGCUUUCUGAUGGAGGAGAAGUUCAACGUGCUGGCUGAGGCAGCACUGCGGGUGAUGGACAAUUUUGCUCGCCAGCUUGGCAGAGCAACUUCGGAGAAGACGAAACCCGGCCAGCAACUCAUACUGAUGCUGGGUCAGUGUCUGGACUGUCUUCACCUCCUCCCGAUGACUUGCACUCAUGCGAUCGUGCUCGGGGCACACGUGCAACGCCUCACACUCGAGCUGUGGGGGUUUGUCAACUAUUACACUGUCAUCGUCGGUCGGCUGGAGAUGCCAACCCUCCGCAGGAAACCCGAUUAG